AUGAACCACAACGCAGCCAUGAAGUUCACAAUCAUUUCCCUAGCACUCUUUUGCACCUCCAUCCAAGCUGCCGCCACCGGCGCAAACAACGCCUUUGUUGGCUUGACUGCCUCGCAUGAAGGUCCCGGCUUCGAUUCAGCGACUGGCACUGAAGGUGCUCAACUUCAAAACCUCAGCGGUCAGAAUACCCAUUAUUUUGGAAUAAUGAAACAAACUGACAAUGUAGAUUUGGAUAUUGUUGCAGUAAUGCAUAUCCUUGGUGUUGUGGCACCUUCUGCUGCCCCAAUGGGUAUCGUUACUGUGGGAGUGAUGGACGGUGUUAUUCUAGCUAAGUAG